GCAGAGGAGGAGUGGGGCGGGACAGUGGGGCAGCCCCAUGGCUGGAACAUGGCUGCCUCCACCCUGCAACUGGUGGAACUGGUCCUCCAUGGAGCCGCCUUCCUCUGUGGCAUUGCCUCUGCCGCGGCCCUCACCGUGGCGCAGGGGGAGUUUGGGGGUCAGUGCAUCCUCUAUGGCAGCGUGAGCUGGAACGGGACCACACUGGUACCCAAAGCCUUCAGCCACCUCUCCUUGUGCUACUUCAUCUCCGGGGUCUCCAUCGUGGUCGCCCUUUACUGCUUCGCAUCCCUCCUCUAUGGCAUCUUUGGCUGCUGCACUGGCGAGACCCAUUGGGACCGCUCCUGGCUCCGCAUCACCUUGGUCGUCACCAUCAUCAUCCUCUUCUUCCUCCUCAUCUCAGCCUGCAUCCUCCGUGUGGGGAUGGACGUGCUCUGUGCAUCCAUUAUGGAGACCAAGGGGGUAUCCAGCUGCUGGGAUGCCCAACACUCCCCAUGGGCACUCUACAGCCCCAUCCACUUCUACAGCAACCUCAGCAGUGCACAGUCCUCGGCCUGGGUGACCGUGUUCCUGUGGUGUCUCCUGACCGCGCGGCGGCUGUUGCAGCGACACCGGGAGCACCGGAUCCCACUGCUGGGGAGCAAUGGGGCCGAGUGAGGCGCUGAGGAAGAGGCCACUUAUGGGGGGAGAUCGAUAUGGGCCUGAUGGAA